GUGGCCCUGGGCGGCCUGCCCCCCGGCGGCGGCUCGCACCCGCAGCACUACGGCCGCCUGCCCGGGACCAUCUGGAGCUACACGCAGGUGCGGCGCACGGGCGGCGGCGGCGUGGAGACGGUGCAGGGCCCCGGCGUGUCGUGGGUGCACCCCGACGGCGUGGGCGUGCAGAUCGACACCAUCACACCCGAGAUACGCGCGCUCUACAACGUGCUGGCCAAGGUGAAACGCGAGCGCGACGAGUACAAGCGGAGAUGGGAGGAAGAACUCGCCAAGCGCAUGAACCUCCAGACUAUGGUGGACACGCUGCAGGAGGCGGCACAGGAGGCCGAAGCCAUCCAGGAGGAGAUGAAUGAGAAGAUCGAGAGGCUCAAGGCCGAGCUGGUGGUGUUUAAGGGGCUCAUGAGUGACCCCAUGACAGACCUGGACACAAAGAUCCAAGAAAAGGCCAUGAAGGUGGACAUGGACAUCUGCCGUCGAAUCGAUAUCACGGCCAAGCUGUGCGAUGUCGCACAGCAGCGGAACUCGGAAGACGUGUCCAAGAUCUUCCAGGUGGUCCCCAAAAAGAAAGAACGUAAGGUGCCUUCCGACGAUGACAUCUCCGAGCAGGACGGGGAGGUGACGAACCGGUUCUCGGACGACGAGGUCGGCUCCAUGAACAUCACGGACGAGAUGAAACGCAUGUUUAACCAGCUGCGCGAGACCUUCGACUUUGACGAUGACUGUGACAGCCUGACGUGGGAAGAGAAUGAGGACACGCUGCUGCUCUGGGAGGACUUCACCAACUGCAACCCGACCACCGACCUGCAGGGCGAGCAAGAAGAGAAUUUGGGCAACUUGAUCCACGAGACAGAAUCCUUCUUCAAGACGAGGGACAAGGAGUACCAGGAGACGAUUGGCCAGAUCGAGCUGGAGCUGGCCACAGCCAAGAGCGACAUGAACCGACACUUGCACGAGUACAUGGAGAUGUGCAGCAUGAAGCGUGGCCUGGACGUGCAGAUGGAGACCUGCCGCCGGCUCAUCAAAGGCUCCGCAGACAGGAAUUCCCCGUCUCCCAGCUCCGUGGCCAGCAGCGACUCAGGAAGCACAGACGAGAUCCAGGAUGAGUUUGAGCGGGAGGCGGAUGUGGAGCCCAUGGUCAGCUGAUGACUGAGGCGCCCUGUGCCUGGUGGUCUCAGUGAUGGGGCCUCUGGCCCCGCUCCCCACGGGGCCGGGAAGGCUCCUUGGAGUGGGGCUCAGUCCUCACCACGCCGACUCCCUCCACCCUCCCGUCUCUGGAGGCCCCGAGGGACCGCUGCUUCCUUCCUUCUACCCCACCACCAACCAGUGCCCCUCUCCAUCCACCCACCCAAGGAAUGGUGCUGUCAAUUUCUAUUGUUCUCCACAUUACAAAUGCAGACUUCUGUCCAGACGA